AUGCGCGCCUCCCAAACCAUCCUCAAGCCCUUCAGACGCAUUGAUAAAAGCAUCCGCCGUGUCUCCAAAGCCUCUGAAAGACCAUUGACAAUAGCUGCCAACACCCAAGAGCCUGUCGCGGAGAUGAAUGAUCCUGGCGCCCAUUCUGCGGGCAAUGCCGUCAAUACUACCAAUACUGCUGCUGGUCGCCAAGUUGUGAUCCCGCAACCUGCUGCAUAUAUCCUUCCAGCUGGCACCCCGUACAAUGAAGCUGACUUUUGCCUUCCACCUGGCGUGACUGAGGAACAAUUUCUCAAUCAGCAAGUCUGCGUCAUGGUCGACCUCCAAGAGUUCAAGAUGACCCGUCGUGUCUGGGGUAUCAUGUUUCCCGGUCUGCGCAUCCCAGCCAUCAUCGACGAAAACGCCACUGUCCCCGUCUUCAGCCGCUGCACUGCUGCAGAGUUUCGCAUCAUCAUGAAGUUCAUGCAAGACGGCAAUGUCAACAAGUUGAUCUGUGCUCUCAACCUGUUCCCAGGUCAAAUUGCCACAAAUGCAUCGUACAACCGGAUCUUCGAGUUUGCCAGAGACUACAACAACUACACCCUACUCGCCGGCUUGCUUCAGGGUGCAGGCUGCAAUCUGUUCUCCGAGCAAGUCAUUGGGUACACUGCUCGCAUUUACGAGACAGGAGCGGCCAACCAUCGUUUCCGUCAGUACUUCAAGGAUCAGCUCAUCGCCGCAUUCGAGCGUGAGGAACUCCAGCGCAGUAUUGGUCAUUCUGGCGGCGCGUCUGUCAUGUUCCAGCUCCAGGUGUGGUUUAGCAAGUAUCCCUAUGCAUUCGAUGAUGUCACCAAUGUUCUGCAUGAGCUGUGGCAGGAGAGCUUGGAGCGUCUUGAUCAAUUUGCUCCGGAAGAUGUUGCCGAAGUCGAAGAACGACGCGAAAUUGCUGAACAGGAUGCUGCCCUUGCAGCAGAAGCGAAUGUUCACUUCGAGUAG